AACAAAUUUCCACGAGCCUUCCAAAAAUGAAAAAUACUUCUGAACUCUUCAAGCCUACUUACAGAGUGGGUCGAUGUGGAACAGAACCAAUACCUUGUACUGCUGCAGAUCUUCAUAUCCUCGCAUUGCUUGAACAUGCGAAGCACCAGCUGUCACAAUUGGCUGUCAUGAUCAGUUCACUAUCUGGGCAGCUAAACAUUGAAUGCUCACCUGAUAUGCCUGAGGAGGUCCAGUUUCCUUUACAAUCAUUGGAGGAAGUGGAUGACUUUGAGGCCUGGUUGAAACAACCAACCAAUGCUUUGAAGAAAAAGAACAUGAUUUCUGUACUGGCAUCUAUCGGAGGACAAGAUACCAAGCGUGUCACUUGGAAUAUUCUUUCACAUAUUUUUGGAGAUGAUGUUGCAAAAAAGAUAAACUGGAAGGGAGUUAAUGAAAAAUGGGCCUUCAGUCAAAUGGCAACCAAAACUCUUAUGCGUGCAGUUCGCCAGAGUCAAGUGGCAGCCAAAGCUACAGAUGUGGACAUUAAUAAAUUUGCCAUUAGAUGGUUCAAUUUGGCAUCUGACCACGGUGGUGGUCGCAAGGCGCGCUGCAGAAGAGUGCAGGCAGCAGUGCCUUCAGAAUCAGGACUGAUAAUCAUUGCCAACAUUGCCGAGGGGUUCACCAAUGAAGAAUCACCACCAACAGUCAUUCCGUGA